UUCAACAAUUAACAACAUCAACAAGUCAAUCAAUUAUUUCAAUGAUUUAUAAAAAUAAUCUUGUUUAUUGUGGAAUGGAAAGUGGAACAAUUGAAAUUUUACAAUGUGACAUUAAUCAAGUAUAUAGAUGUGAAUAUGCAUCAUGUCGACAACCAUUUUCUCGUCGUGAAGAUGUUUUUAUUCAUGCACGACUUUUUCAUGUACAACAUUCUUCAACAAUUCAACGAUGUCUAUGGAAACAUUGUAUGAAAUGGGUACCAUUGAAAAAAUUUGGUGAUCAUUUACGAGUUCAUACAGAAAAUCUUGUACUAGAAACAAAACAAGAAGUAACAACAUCACCAAUACCAAAUACAUAUGGAUUUUCAUCGGAUUCAUCUAUAACAACUUAUAGUACAAAAACACUUCUUAUAUAA